GAAGGAACAGAACCAGACAGGAACUCAGAUCCAGAUACACAUUUACAACCUGAGACUGAUGACAGUGGUGAUGAUUGGACAGAGACCAGAGAACCUCAGUCAGCUUUAAACUGUCUUAGAAAUGAUGAAGACCGUGUUUGUGAUUUGGAAUAUAGUGCUGAUGAGAAACCAUUUAGCUGCUCUGAGUGUGGGAAAAGAUUUUCUCAAAAAGAUAAUCUGAAGAGACACAUGAGAACUCAUACAGGAGAAAGACCAUUUAGCUGCUCUGAGUGUGGGAAAAGAUUUUCUUGGUCAGGUCAUCUGAAGACACACAUGAGAACUCAUACAGGAGAAAAACCAUUUCACUGCUCUGAGUGUGGGAAAAGAUUUUGUAGAAGUGGAGAUCUGAAGACACACAUGAGAACUCACACAGGAGAAAAACCAUUUUGGUGCUCUAAGUGUGGGAAAAGAUUUUCUCGAAAAGAUAAUCUGAAGACACACAUGAGAACUCAUACAGGAGAAAAAACAUUUAGCUGCUCUGAGUGUGGGAAAAGAUUUUCUUGAUCAGGUGCUCUGAAGACACACAUGAGAACUCAUACAGGAGAAAAAACAUUUAGCAGCUCUGAGUGUGGGAAAGGAUUUUCUCAAACAAGUAUUCUGAAGGCACACAUGAGAUCUCAUACUGGAGAAAGACCAUUUACCUGCUCUGAGUGUGGGAAAGGAUUUUCUUGGUCAGGUGGUCUGAAGAGACACAUGAGAACUCACACAGGAGUAAAACCAUAUAGCUGCUCUGAGUGAGGGUAAAGAUUUCCUCGAAGUGGAGAUCUAAAGACACACAUGAGAUUUCAUACAGGAGAAAAAGCAUUUAGCUGCUCUGAGUGUGGGAAAAGAUUUUCUUGGUCAGGUGGUCUGAAGAGACACAUGAGAUCUCAUACAGUAGAAAGACCAUUUAGCUGCUCCGAGUGUGGGAAAAGAUUUUCUCAAACAGGUCAUCUGAAGGCACACAUGACAACUCAUACUGGAAAAAAUACAUUUGGUUGCGCUGAGUGUGGGAAAAGAUUUUCAUGGUCAGGUGGUCUGAAGACACACAUGAGAACUCAUACUGGAGAAAGACCAUUUGGCUGCUCUGAGUGUGGUAAAGGAUUUCCUCAAAGUGGAGAUAUGAGGACACACAUGAGGUUUCAUACAGGAGAAAAACCAUUUACCUGCUCUGUGCGUGGGAAAACAUUUUCUCAAACAGGUCAUCUGAAGAGACACAUGACAACUCAUACUGUAGAAAGACCAUUUAGCUGCUCUGAGUGUGGGAAAAGAGAUGGAAACAGAGGCUGAUGGAGAGCACUGUGGAGGACCAGAACCAGCCAGGAACUCAGAUCCAGACACAAAUUUACAACCUGAGACUGAUGACAAGACUGGAGAGUCUUCUGAAACUGAGACUGAUAAUAGUGACGAUGAUUGGAAAGAGACCAGAUAAUCUCAGUCAUGUUUUUGCUGUGAACUUGUAGCUUCCUGUCAGUUGUUAGCAGUUAGCAGAAGGUUAAACUGUUACUGCGGCGCCUUUUAAAUGUCAGUAUUUAUUCACUGUAAGCUGGUAACAAACUUAAGCCUCUCCAGUUCAUGUAUUUAUAGUAUUUGCCAGUCGCAUUGGAGCUCCAUGGUCACGAAAUGUGACUGCGAGUCACAGUUUGGAUCUCUCCUGGUCACACUGUAGUUUAACUCAUUAAGUUAAACUCUUACAGCUACGCUGCUAAACAUGGAUGAUUUAUUCAUAAUGAUAGCAGAGUACGAAGAGGAACUUUGUCGAUGAAACGAGGAGAAUGAGUGUCAACGGAAACUACUGGACGCUGUUUUCAACCCUCAGCUUCGGUUACACAGAGCAGGUUUGUUCAUUAAACAUUACAAAUUCAUUAUUAAUAAUAUAACUGCAGCUUUGUUCAAUAAAUAUUCAGUCUGUCGACGUUU